ACGAGACAGUGCUUGUGAUCAAAAUACACAGGUCGUUGGGGUUAGUUUUUGCUGUAGAGUCGAUUCGCUUUCUCGUGAUUGAUAUCGACUGGCUAUGUUCUUGUAAGUAAGACUACAUCAAUCUCGGAGGAACAAGUGUGUGAAAUUUCUGUGUACGUCGAACGACAUAGUAGAACUUUGUAAGCACCAUGAAGGAGUUGAUGCAACACGAGUCGUUCUUGCGCGAUUUGUGGUGCUGAAGCGCCGAAGAAUUGCAGAGUCGAGGCUGCACUCAAGUCACGGCUCGAGUACCGACGACGCCCUCUUAUCAGCCAAAGCGCGACCUACCUCUUCCCACUUUCACAACGCUUCCAAUCAGCAAGGGUUCUACUCAUCUUGAGUAGUCGCGAUUGGUCCGGCAGUAACGUAGGACCGAAAAUAUGAGCAUGCAUCACCAGAGCGCUCCGUUCCUGGGAGGCAGUACGCCAUCCUCGUCGUCGAGUCGGGUUGCAGAUGUCAUAGACAUGUCCGCGUUCGAAGGCAAGCAUUUCGAUGCAAGGGAUUUCGUUUUGCGGUAUAGAAGGCGACUACCGCUUCCGCAAUUGCAGAAUUAUGAUUUGAUGGGUAAUGAAGUAGGCCGGCUCCACCCUUUUUUUUUAAAUGGGAAUGAAUGUUGUCUCACGACUCUUGUUGAUGUUGAUAAAUGAUGUAACAAUUAUAUGAACAUUUUUUUUUUCAUCGCUAAUCCUCGAUCCUGAGCGAGAAGACGGAGAACGUGAAGACGGAACUGGUGGAGCUCAUCAAUGCGAAGUAUCCGGAGUUCGUGGCGCUAAGUUCGAAGAUGAACCAACUGGAGCAAUUGACUCAGCCACUUUUAGAACCGCUGAAGCAGAACCGUCAUACCUGCGAAACUUUCGCGGCGAAAUUAGAUGACGUAUUGAUCCACUUGAUCAGAUCGAUGGUCGUAUAAAGAUCUAAAAGUAGAUUAGAUCGAUGGUCGUAUAAAGAUCUAAAAGAUUUUUAAGCUAGAAGGACACCUUCAUGGUCAUGUAGCUUGAAAAAUAGGUACCUCACUUUUGUACUAGGUCUGCUCAAAAGCGCGAGAGGGGAUACAACAGAGGAAAAGGAUAGCGGAGAAGAAGCGCAUCAUCCUCAGUCUGCAGGAACACAUGAAACUCUUGGCGAAAACGAGGCAGGCGCUAGCGACAGGAGACGGGGAGGAGAAAUACAUGGACGACUUUUUAAAGCGUUACGGCACCCUCGAGUUCGUGGCCUCACGUCUGAGAAAAAUCAAGCUUUUUGUGUCGCUGUCGCUGGAAAGCGUGAAAAGUGGGGAUGGGGAAUUAGCGAAAACCAUUAGUCUCCUGAAAACCGAUGCUGAGGGUUUUGAAGCGGAAACGAUAGAGACUUUGAAAAGCUCUUUGCGCUCUCUGCUGCAACUAAACGUAGCCGACAACCAGGACAGGCGGAGCGUCAUACUGCUAGCUUUUUCACACGUACCUAUAGUGAUUUUUUGCUUCCUUUACGUUCGUAUCUUCCGUCCUCUGAUUCAUUCUACUCAAAUCAAAAACUGACUUUGGCAGUUGUGAUUCAACUACUUGUACUAGAACUAGAUAUUCCUUUUCCUGCGCCACGCUUAUUCAUCCGCAACUCCAACACAGCUUUCCCGAGCUUUCUUGAUGUUGGGAUCCGAAGCAGAAUUCGUGGACAUUUUUUGCGAAGUUUUCGUGGACGAUGUGAUGAUAGAAGCGCAAAGCAAGAUACAAGGCCUAUCGAUCAAGAAAUUUUUUGCGCUUUUGGAAGGUACUACUGAUCGAUGCUUAUUUUUCGUGAUUGCUAGUUCAUCAGAGGAAGCUACUUGCUAUGCAAAGAAAUUCAAAGAAAUCAAAAUUCUGAGUUUUCGUUUUCGUUCGUUUCCGGCGGUUCAAAAACUUCAUAUGUUCUUUUCCCUACUACAACAAACAAGUGCCAUGACGACCAAAUUCUCAAACAAUCUAUCUUUUCAGAAUCCCUCCUCGCUCCUCCCCCUCCGACGACAAUGACAACCGCAACAACUACCGCCACUGCCACGCCACCUUGUAGCAUAUUUCUCACUGCUUGUGACCCAGCUUUAGGAGUCCUUUCGAAUGGCAUCGGAAAACGUGUAGCGCAGUACUUGCUGAAGCAGCGCAGUAGUGUGUUCAUACCCACAGGGAUAUUGGAUGUCUUUGCGGAGAAUUACACAGCCUAUCAGAGCUUCGCCAGAGCUCUAGACCAGGCGAUGCAAGACGAAGAGAGGCCUUCAUGGACGAAAGAAAGCGAAGCUCUCCAGAGAAAAUGGCAGAUAAACGUAAGCUGCUAGUAGUUUCUGACGAGGAGACCAACAUCGAACUAACCGCAGCUCGUUGUAAUAAGUCCAUCGAAAAGAAGAUAACAAUUAGACGCCAGGGAAUAAGUCUGUCACAGAUUUUUUUUCUACACACAAAACCAGGUCUAUUUCUCUAUCCGCGAGAAGGAGCUGACGUAUCAAUUCUCCGAGAGUCUAGGAGGCGCGAAAAAAUUCACCACCAACGAGCAGCUAAAAAAAGGCUACCGUUUACCCGCUACUGCGGUCUUGGUCCAGCAUUUACUCAAGGUGUGGGGUAAUCGGAUUUACCUAGAUGGGCUGUUUGCAAAAUUUUUAACGUUGACGGUGAAACUAAUGCAUAGUUGGGUGCAAGAAGUGCCGCAACAUUUUUUGCAGACCUGCCAAGCGGCACAGGCGAACCCAACUUUUCAGGCAAGCGCAGACAAUUGGGCUGGAGCCGAAAUAGGGAAACAUGGAGCACUCUUCAUAACCGAUUUGAGUACGAUAAAAUGCGAACUCAACUUCGGAGACGCGGUGAGGAGAAGACAGGUUUUUACUUGUCUUACUGCUUGGAUGACUACCUUUGAAAUGUGGUUUGCGACGUAACUAGGACCUUACGAAUGCAGCGGCUCAGGGUGGAGCUGGUUCGGGCCGGGGCUCGCUCUGGUUCAGGGUGGAGCGCUCACAAUUCUCUAGCUUGGUUCCUUCAGCUCUUGCACCAAAACAAUCUGUAGCCCAGUGGCGGGGCACCUAAAAACAAAACAAGAAGGCACGAAUCUCCUGAAGAAGUCGGCAGCAGCCAAAAGCAGGGGGCUGGGGCUGAUCGAGUGGGGCCGCUCGACAGUAGUGGAGGCCAGCGGUGGCCACGGACGAACCCCAACACACCAAAGAGGCACGCCGAAGACAGGGGAAAAGCCCGACGGCACCACCAAAAACAAACAAAGCGGGCGCCCCAGGUAAUCGCUCGCGCACGGGCACCGCGCUCGCCACCAGGCGACCGCACCCCGCAGCCAAGACGUGGCCGGCUUCGUCGCGUUUCUGGAGAAGUUCGCGCGCCCGCAGCCCCGCGAGGGGGAGAGUGACGUCGUGAGAGGCUCCCCCAUCUUCAUCUAACACCUUGCUUUUUUCCGGCGAGGUUUGCGGCGUGGUCUUUUUCGUGGGUCAUGUCGGUGCGCGUAGUGGUCUCCUCGUGAAGUUCUAUAGAUACGCGUCGCCACAUCUUGAGGCAUUCACUCCGCCAAGCUAUGACGUCGUGUGUUGGCAUGUGGUGAUAUGGUCCCACUUCCAUCGAUGGACAGAGCUACGCUGGGGGCCUUGCUUUUCACAAACUGAGAGCGUGAAGGCCUUGAAUUUUAUGCGCCUCCUGGUGGUAAAGUUCUUGAAGCUUUUGGCCAUGAAUUUGGUUGGCUCAGUCGUGACGGCCUUGGUCAUUGUCUGCCCAUCCGCUAGACCUUGCGCGAGUGCGUAGCCUCCAAAAGAGCGCGGCAGCGUGCUCCUGCGUAGAAAUUUGCAAGAUCUUAAGGCCGCUGCCCGUCGAGAUCUCAUAGACGAAGGAAUUGCCGCUGCCCAUCGAUCAGAGUAGUGGCCUCGAAAUGUCAUGAGAGCUGUGCCCCCCCUUGGGGUCGUUCCUACCUUACAACCCUCCUUAGAAGCCUCACCAAGCAAGCAAAUAGCUACAGACGAAGGCCGUGGAGACUCUUACUCUUAAUCGUUGAAGCAACAACAGUCGAAACAAGUGCUAAAUCAUGAUCAUGUUGAAUUUCUCCAUACCCUCUACCUACAGGCUCUGCAACAGCAGCAACAGAGUCCAGCUAAACAGCAUACUUCAACUACGGGUGACGUUGACAUGAGCACUUCUAGUCCGAGGAAAAAUAACGGCUCUAUCGAUCAAACGAGGAUGCUUUCCGAUGUGCUCCUCGAUGAGAUCGCAAAGCAGGGCAAAGCCGAUUCACUUCUGAACCUGGUGGAUCAAGUAUUCGAAGAUUCGCGUAGUGAGCUAGAAGCGGUAUCUGACAGGAUAACGGACGCUCUCUUGCGAAGAGUACAGGAGCAGAUCAGCGCCGAACUCGUUGUUAUGAUGAAAUGGGUUUGAGAUUGUAUAUUGGUUUGAAAUGGAAUUUUUGUAGGAGAAGUUUUUACCAGCAAGAAGCUUUUUAGCGUGUUUACAGGUGUACCGUGAAAUUGAUAGAUUUAAGUACUGAGAGCUUGAGCACCGAAUCGUAUCUAAGUCCCAGGGCGUGAAGCGUAUCCCGUCUCUGUACCGCAUGAUGAACCGGCCUGCGCCUACUUCCGCUUUGCCUUACAUUGAGGAGAUGAUGCGUCCAUUAGACUCGAUGCUCGCUGAGUCCAAGACGGCCUUCGACAACACGACCUCAACAUCCUGGUCGACCAUUUCAGCUGCCUGGACCACCAGGGUCGUCCAGCAGACUGCGUUAGCGUUGGAAACGCAGGCUACCAGUGUAGUAGAGCAGGUGGAAGCCUCGUACAGGUCGUUGCAGCGGGUGAUGCGAGGAUCUAGCGAAGACGACCAAUCGAAAAUCUUGCAGCAAUUGCAACUAGAUGUUGCGGCGUUUGAGGCACUUGCUGAGAGUAAAUACAGCGUUCACAAUCUGCAGAUCUCGCUGAAGAAGUGAACGUUGAAGACUCGUGUCUCGUAUCUCGAAAACUAUAACUUGAACUUUGAUUUUGUUUCAACUCAACCCAUUCCAAGAACAAUUUGCUUCUCGUCAUACGACUACAACACGUCAAAACAAGAACGAACACGUAUCGUUUUGAACAAGUAUCGACUAUGAAUUUGAAUUGCGAAGAUGAAACUUGUUUGUGAUAAUUGCGUCGAGCCGAUGCAGCGUCGUAAAUUAAG